GAAUAUUCCCAAAAUACCACUACCAUCGCAAUGGUCUCCCUGCGCUUUCCAUUCUUGUUUUCUCAGCCCCCAAAGCCAAAUCCAAAGCUACCUCACACCAAACCCACCACCACCGCCUCCACUUUCCUCGCCGCCUCCGCCGUAGUAUCCACCGCUGGAGCCGCCGCAAUAGCCAUAUGUCAAGAUCCAAAAGACCCAUUUCUCAAAAAGGCACUGAAUUCACUCUUCUCUAAUAAGUCCAACCAUUGCUCACUACCACUUUGGGGCUCACUUUCUUUAGCUGAAAACUCUUCCUCUUCUUCAACAGUGGUCGAGUCCAAGACUGGGGUCUCGUUCCCUUCGGUUCUAGACGAUUCUAAGCGCCUCCUCGGAAUUGGGUUAAGGAAAAAAAGCGUGUUGGGGCUCAAGAACAUUGAUGUUUAUGCAUUUGGGGUUUAUGCUGAUGAUAAUGGCUUAAAAAAAUUUCUGAGUGAGAAAUAUGGAAAACUAUCUAACACUGAGUUCAAGGAAAACAAGGAGUUUAAUGAAUAUCUCAUUGAAAAUGAUAUAUGUAUGACUGUUAGACUUCAAAUAGUCUACAGCAAAUUGAGCAUCCGUUCUGUACGUAGUGCUUUUGAAGAGUCAGUAGGGAGCAGACUGCAAAAGUUUGGGGGAUCGGACAAUAAAGAUUUGCUUCAAAGGUUCACUUCACAGUUCAAAGAUGAAUAUAAAAUACCACGGGGAUCUCUGAUAGAUCUGUCAAGGGAACGGGGCCAUGUACUUUGCACAAAGAUUGACGGAAAGGAGGUGGGAAGUAUCCAGAGCCAACUCCUGUGUCAAUCAAUUCUAGAUUUGUAUAUUGGUAAGGAUCCAUUUGAUAGACAAGCCAAAGAAGACAUUGAACACAAUUUGGCAUCUCUCCUCCAUAAGUAGAUUUGUGUUGCAUGAGGUUUUGGGUUCAAAACUCAUUGGUCGUGUGUAACUUAUCAAUAAAAAGAUUUUCUCCUUUGGCACCAAAAUAUAUUGGGAAGAUCUGGUUUGUAGACUUGUAGUUCAAUUUUAAUAUUAAAUAUAGGGGAUGUGACCACUAUGUUUUCAAGA